AUGAUGGACAACGACCGUCACACUUCAGCCUGGACAACAACAGCGGCCUGUCUGGCGGUUGUGCUCCUUCUUCUUCUCGUUAGGCCGCGCUCAUCUUCGUGGGGUCAUCCUCCUCUGCCCCCCGGGCCGCCGGGGGAGUUUCUCCUCGGCCAUCUGCGUGUUAUUCCCAAAGAGAAAACAGCCGAGACGUAUGCGGAAUGGGCCAAGAAGUACAAUUCAGAUGUCAUCCACGUCAAAUCUCUUGGGCAGCACAUUGUAGUGCUCAACAGUGUCGAGGCCGCCAAGGACCUCCUCGACCGUAGGGGCGCAAACUACUGCGACAGGCCCAGAUUCACCCUCUUUGAGGUCAUGGGUUGGGGCAAGACGCUGACCUUCCUACCCUUUGGGCCCCGCUGGCAAAUGCACCGAAAGCUGCUGCAGACCACUUUCAGCAACACAAAUGUGCGACAGUGGUACCAACUGCAGACGACAGAGGCCCGCAAGUCCGUUCACAGCAUUGUCGGGGACCCAGACAACUGGGAGGUUUCCAUGAAGAGGUUCGCGGUUGCCAUCGUCCUCAAGGUCAGUUACGGAGUUGAUGUCAGAGAUGACAACGACCCAUACGUAAAGAUCGCCGACGAUGCCAUGUACGCAACUGGAAACGGUGGUGCACCCGCCAACAGCAUCGUCGACAUUUUCCCCCCUGUUCGCCAUCUGCCCAACUGGCUGGUCAGAGACUGGUCGCUGAAAUUCGCGCGAGAAUGGGGCUGGGCUAUCCAGAAAUUGCACAACGUUCCAUUUGCCGUGGCUCAAGAUGAGGUGGCUCGAGGCAAGGAAAACCCGUCCUUUGCGCACACGUUGUUGGAAACGUAUACUUCCAACGCCAAGAAAGGAAUGAAGAACGAAUGGUCACUUGACGACAUCAAGGGUGCAGCGGGCGCCAUCUUCAUAGCAGGGGCAGACACGACCUGGGCCACCAUCGUUGUCUUUGUCUUGAACAUGGUUCUCCAUCCUGAGAUUCAGCAAAAAGCUCAGGCAUUAAUCGACCGGGUCGUCGGGCAGGAGAGACUGCCGGACCUCUCAGACAGACCAUCCCUCCAGUACAUUGACCACAUAGUCCAGGAGGUCUACAGAUGGUCUCCGUUGGCACCGUUGGGAAUUCCCCACAAGUCCCUCCAGAACGACGUCUAUAACGGCAUGUUCAUCCCUAAAGGGUCCAUUGUUUUUGCCAACUCCCGCGCCAUGACUCAAGACGAGAGGAUAUACCGGGACCCCAAGUCUUUCAACCCAGACAGAUACAAGCCGCCGUCUGCUGGCGGUCACGGUGAGCCCUUGCCCCUUGGCCAGUUUGGCUUCGGCCGUCGUGUAUGCGUUGGGCGCUUUUUGGCGGACAACAGCGUCUGGAUAGCUGCGGCCACGAUGCUAGCCACUCUCAACAUUGGCAAGAAGGUCGGGCCAGAUGGUCAGGUUGUAGAGCCAGAGGUGGUUUUCACCAAUGGUGGCACCUGCGAGAAAGCAGCAGACUUACUGCGCCAGACCGUCUCUGCUUCAUGA